CCGACAUUCCAUAUUUCCAACCACUCUUAUCUCAUCACUACUCAAAUUUCUACAUUCCGUAGCAUCCGCUGAUUUCAUUUUCAUGUUCUCUGGAGAGGUCAACAUCCUCUCCUCCUCCUCCGCCCUGCUCUCUUUCUCCUCCGCAUCAACCAUCCCUCGUCGUCCCUCUUCCGGGCGGCGGGUGGAACAUUGAUCCUUCGUUCGCGGUUGCAUGAGAUCGUUUCAGUCUGGAGGAACGACGUCCGUGAAACGAGACAUUCUUCUUUUCGCGAUCGUCGUUCUUGUUUUAUGUGUUUCGUGUCCUCUGAAGAAAAUGGCGCCGGAGAAACCGUUCCAGCUCCUGGAGAUAAACAUCAUCUCCGCGCAGGAUCUGGAGCCCGUCUCCAAGAAAAUGCGCACCUAUGCAACGGCGUGGCUGCACCCGAAUCGGAAGCUGUCGUCGUGCGUGGACGCGGAGGGUAACAACAGCCCCACGUGGAAUGACAAGUUCGUGUUCAAGGUGGAGGAGGAGUUUCUCCGGCGGGAUACUUCCGCCGUGAUGAUCGAAAUCUACGCCAAGCAAUGGCUUCGGGACACGCUUGUGGGCACGGUUCGUGUGCUCGUCGGGAAUCUUAUUCCUUCGUCCACCCGCACCCUCGGCCACCAUCAUUUUGGAAUGCGGUUUGUCGCCCUUCAGGUACGUCGGCCAUCAGGACGUCCACAGGGCAUUCUUAACAUUGGUGUGGCCUUACUUGAUAGCUCUAUGAGGAGCAUGCCGUUGUACAGACAACUCAGUGCCUCAGCGGUCGGGUACCGUGAUUUGAUGGAUGAUCCACCUGCACUUCAGCAGCCCCACAAGAAUGAAAGACAGAAUCAUGAUGACAACAACCAGACUUCAAAUGUGAAGCCUUUCUUGCGGAGAUCAAAGAGUGAACGCAGUGAACACAUAUUCGAUCAUUUUACACCUGGCAGCUCGAUGAUUGCAAUUCCGUUGAAGGCGGAAGCCAAAGAAAGCUCGAUCCUAAGUAUUACAGAAUGUGUGGUUCCCUUAAAAGGGCUGAAAAAGACGGGCAAGGCAAGUUCGGUGAUCAGUGGUGCAGAGCUCAGAGAGAAACCGAAACAAAAAGGUAAGAAAUCAGGCAAGGCAGGUUCGGUGCUAAGUGACUCAAUCUUGAGCAAAGAGUCCUCUGUUCGCAAGGUUGAGACGUCUUUGAAGACUAAAGACGAUGCAAUUGAGGAGAAGGAUAAUGAAAAUCCAGGGACAGAUGAAUCAGGCGACAAAGCUACAAACAAGGUAGUUGAUGAAAAAUCAGGCACAAAAGCUAAGGUGGUGAACAAUGGGGAUUCACCUAAAGAGAAGCUACCAGUUGCAACCAUUGGGAAACCGGUGGGGAAGUACAACGGUAACGACUACGGUGCAUCAAAGGGGCCUUUGCCACAGGGGAAGUGUGUGAUUGGGGCCCCAGUCAAGAAAGGCAAUUCUCUGUGGUCCGACUCUGAGGUCGGUCCUUCACCUUCAGAGGUGGCUGCCGUUAUGGCUGAAAAGAAGUAUCCUUUAGAGGACAAUCAGAGCUCUGUUCUGGACGGUUGGAGCUUGGACGAAAGUGUGGAGGGGCUGCGGUCAAAGCUGGAGAGGUGGCGUAUGGAGCUACCGCCGUUGUAUGAUCGUGGCUUCUCCACAAGCAGCUAUAAAUCAUCGGGACCGCACCCUCGUAGGCGCACGGACAAGGGGAGUGGAUUGCUCUCGUGCUUUGGCAACAUAUUUGGAUACGAGUGCCAAUGCAUAUGCGGUAAGCCUCCGGGGAAAAGGAGCCGUGGAGGCAAGUUCCAGAGCCCCUCAACAAUCACUCCAGGCCGAUCUUUCCUUUGAGACUAACAUGGAUAUGAUACGGAACAAGUUUGGUUUGAUCAUUCCUUAUUUCUUGUCAUGUUAGGACACUCUUCCCACGAACUAGUUGUGUGUGUUUUAUAUUGUUUGUUUUGCGUACCAUACAUGUAAUAUUUUCAUGUUCGUUUAGUGUAAAGUUGUACGACAAAUUCAUCAACUCUUUGAUUUCCUACA